ACCAUAGAAAGAAGUACGGUAUUUAUUUUUAGAUAACCACACUUUUGCAUUUUUGAGAUAUUUAACCUAGAUUUUCAUUUAUUUUCCAUAAAUUACUACUUUCUUCUGUUUCGUUUUUCAUCACGUCUAAAUAAUUUAGUAUAAUUUGAUCUGAGGAUGCAGGACCCAAAUGAAGAUACAGAAUGGAAUGAUGUCCUUAGAUCAAAAGGGAUCAUACCUCCUAAAAAGGAGAAAGAAAUAACUGAAGAUGAAAUAGUAUCUAUUGUUGAAGAUACAAUAAAACAAAAACAAGUUGGAGAUGGUAAAAAGGACAUAUCUGAAUUGGAUUUAGAUGAAUUAGAUGAGCUGGAAGACUCAGAAGAUGAGGCAAUACUAUUGGAGUAUCGAAACAAAAGGAUAGCAGAAAUAAAAGCAUUGGCUGAGAAGUCAAAAUUUGGCACUGUUCAAGAAAUUUCUGCUCAGGAUUAUAUUCAGGAAGUCAAUAAAGCUGGAGUGGGCAUUUGGGUUGUUCUUCAUUUGUAUAGACAAGGAAUACCAUUGUGUAGUCUGAUUAACCAAUAUUUGCAAACACUGGCUGCCAAAUAUCCUACUGUAAAGUUUCUGAAGUCAGUUUCUACAACAUGUAUUCCAAAUUAUCCUGACAAAAAUUUGCCAACAAUUUUUAUUUAUUUUGAGGGAGAUAUGAAAACCCAACUUGUUGGUCCAUUAGCAGUUAGAGGACCAAAUGUGACACUUGAUGAGUUUGAAUACCUAUUAGGACAGACCGGUGCAAUUGAAACACCUAUAAAGGAGGAUCCUAGGCCUGUUAUAAAGGAUAAGUUAUUCUCUGAUUUGUCCAGUGCUAAUAACGACUGGUGAAAGAAAAUAAAGAACAAUGAAGGCUCAUAAUUAUGAUUCACUUUUUCAUUCACUGGAAGUUCAAAAACUGGGUUUUCGAUUUGUUUUAUUUUGUUUAUUUAUUUGUAAAUAAGUAACAUACAAUUUACCUCCAGUUAUUCAUUUGUUAACAAAUGUGUUUUUAAAGAAAAAAUAAAAAGCGUGUGCAAAUAACAUUUCA